ACUCGAGAGAGGGAGGGAUGGCGCGGACGAAGCAGACUGCGAGGAAAUCUACAGGCGGCAAGGCGCCCAGGAAGCAGCUGGCGACCAAGGCGGCGCGCAAGAGCGCUCCGGCUACAGGCGGCGUGAAGAAGCCUCACCGCUACCGUCCAGGGACGGUGGCUCUCCGCGAGAUCCGUCGCUACCAGAAGUCGACGGAGCUUCUCAUUAGGAAGCUGCCCUUCCAGCGUCUGGUGAGGGAGAUCGCGCAGGACUUCAAGACGGACCUGCGCUUCCAGAGCUCGGCCGUCAUGGCGCUGCAGGAGGCGAGCGAGGCUUACCUGGUGGGGCUCUUCGAGGACACCAACCUCUGCGCUAUCCACGCCAAGAGGGUCACCAUCAUGCCCAAGGACAUCCAGUUGGCUCGCAGGAUCCGCGGGGAGAGGGCUUAAACGCCCGCCUUUUCCUUCCUUCCUUCCUUCCAUUAAACCCAAAGGCUCUUUUCAGAGCCACGCACCUUCCGCCAGAGAAGGGCUGAAGCCACGCUCUCUAAGCUUCCCCAGAGGUCCAAAACACUGCAGAUAUAUCCCACUUUGACGUUGACUGCCCUGCCUCACAAUCAUGAAAACAACUUUGGUGAGACGUUUAUAUACUGAGAUGUCUUGCCACAAUAAAC